AUGGGAGACCGAGACUCGGUAGAGACACCGCGAGCCCCCGCCCCCGCCCCUCUAUUCAAAACUGCAAAUACCGCACAAGAUCCCAUCCCAUCCUCGUCCCCAGCAUUCGCAACCCCUGCAUACCCUAUAGCUUCGCGCCCAGCAAGAGAGGCAGUUCGGCCCCCUCCCCCAGCAUUCAAGAAGCCAACAACGCCUGCCGUCCUUCCAAUUCUACUCCCGCCUGCGAUACUGCGCCCAUUAGCAUUUCGCACAAUCACAAAGAAGCACAAUCUCACCAUAACAUCAUCAUCGCUGCAGCUGCUGGCUACUUUCAUAGGGAGACAUUGUGGGAGUGGAUGGAGAGAAGAAGGUCUUGCAGAGCGAGUUCUGGACGAGGUUGCAAAAGCAUGGAAGCGCAAUGGGGGUGGUGUGAUUCUGGCCGACACACCAGACAAGAAGCUAGUAGAUACUCUGAGGCAAUUGGAAUUAUGCAUGAGCGGCGGAAGAUUAGACGCAGGUCGUCUGUCGAGAAGUAAUAGCGGGCUAGGAGGCAAUGUACUGGACUCCCGAGCGGCUUUGUUGUCACGCGAGGACAGCCAGAUCAGCCUCGGUCUUUCUGGCCUUGAAGUCGAAGACGACCUGCCGAUGAACAUCUCCGGUGAUGAAAAGCCUUCGACAAAACAAGACGCCCGGCCCUAUCUCAAAGUCAUCAGCGCAUUCACCCAACCGCGCCUGACAUACUCCACAACCAAGAAGUCGCUCGAGAUAGUCACCACACCACCCUCGCUCUUCCCACCACCAUCUCAUAAAACCGCUUUCUUUCGCAACCGCUAUAAUCUUAUCCACCAGCGCCUCAUGCGCAAUGAGUCCUUUCAAACUCCCUCAUUCUCAACCACCGCCAAAAGCAAGCCAUCCCUCCAACGUUCGUCAUCAACCAUAACAACGGUGCAGCAAGCAUACAAAAUAACACCCAUUGCCAAUCUGCUAGGCCGCUCCGGCUCUUCCCAUCUUCUACUAGGCCUGCUGGCGAUCGCACCAACGACGGGCGAGUUAGCGCUGAGCGACCUGACAGGGUCAAUAACGCUGGACUUAUCCUUGGCUCGUCCAGUGCCGGAAGACGGAGCCUGGUUCGGUCCGGGCAUGAUUGUCCUCAUAGAAGGCAUGUACGAAGAGGAUGGCUCAAACGCUGGGGGAGGUGUAGGCGGCAUGAUCGGAGGGCGCUUCUUCGGCAGCAGUAUUGGCGGUCCUCCUGCAGAGCGACGAGACGUGACGUUAGGCACAAGUGGAAGCUCCAACCACGGUGGCCCAUCGAUUCUCUCAGCAGGAGCCGGGUUUGGAUGGGUAGAUUUCCUCGGCGUAGGAAGCGAACGAGCUCAGGGGAAAGCAAUGAGAAGAAUUCAGCAAAAGACCUUAGGGAGCCGCGGUAGCGACGACGACGACGAGUCUCGCAAAAGAACAAAAAUCGCAGUGCUGGGCGAAUGUCAACUUGACAGCCCACGGACGCUAGAAGCAAUCCGGAAGAUCCUCGCAUCCUAUGCAGCGGCAGACUCAGUGGAAGACAGUCCCCUAUCAAUUGUCUUCAUGGGCAACUUCGUCUCAAAAGCGGUGUUAGCAGGCGCAGAGUCCGGAGCGGGAAGCAUCGAAUACAAGGAGCAUUUCAACGCGCUUGCCUCUGUCCUCUCCGAAUUUCCCUCAACACUGUCGAGCACAACCCUCAUCUUCGUGCCUGGAGACAACGACCCAUGGGCAUCCGCUUUCUCAGCGGGAGCAGCAGCACCUCUACCCAGAGACAAAGUCCCCGACAUCUUCACCCUGCGCGUGCGACGCGCGGUCAACACCGCGAAUCUGGAGGCAGGCAAAGUCAACGGAACCGGCGAAGCGAUCUGGACGAGCAAUCCAGCCCGAAUCAGCAUUUUUGGACCAGUGGAAGACAUCGUGCUGUUUCGAGACGACAUGGCUGGACGCCUGAGAAGGAGCGCCAUCACAUUCGAGAAGCCGGAUGAAGACGGAAACGACGAGGAUGUCCAGAUGGAUAGUGAUACGGUGGAGCCGGCCGCCACCACGGCCCCUUCAGGCUCCAGGCACAACCAUCAGCAUGGCCGCGAAGAGAUGCACCUCGACCCGUCCAUCCACGAAGCAGAAUCCCAUCUCCCCACAGACCCCCACCAAAACCCUCAGCAACACCAAUCAAAACCCUCCCCGUCUGAUGCCUCAGCCCGCAAGCUCAUCAAGACCCUACUCGACCAGUCACAUCUUUCUCCUUUCCCACUAUCUUCGCGUCCCGUCCUGUGGGACUAUGCUUCCGCUCUCCAGCUGUGCCCGUUGCCUACAGCGCUCGUGUUGGCUGAUUCUGAAGUCGCUCCUUUCGCAAUCACUUACGAAGGAUGUCAUGUGAUGAAUCCGGCGAGGGUGGUGGAUGAAUUGGGUUUUGAGGGCCGGAGAGGAGGGGUGGCGAGGUGGGUAGAGUAUGAUGUUAGGAAACGGAGGGGGGAGGUGAAGAAUGUGAGAUUCUGA